AUUUAACAAAAUAAAUGAUGUAAAAUCACAUUUGUCUGAUUUACAGAUUAUUGACUGGAUUGUGAAGAUCUGCAUGGCUUUGAAAUACCUGCAUGAUCAACAGAUCCUGCAUAAAAACCUGCAGCCUGAGAGCAUAUUCUUCACUACAUUUGGAACCCUCCGUCUUGGCGAGUUUGAAGUAAUACAUCAAUGGUCCACUGAAAAGCCAACAGUAGAAAAUAAACCUUCAUAUGCUGCACCUGAGAUUUUGAAUGGCAAACCUUAUGAGGAGAAAACUGAAAUAUGGAUGUUGGGAUGUCUCAUCUAUGAGCUGUGCAUGCUGAAGUGUGUGUUUCCAGUUGUUGGGAAGACCCUCAUAUCCUUUCAUGAAACUCUUCCUCUGACCUUCUCUGAGGAUCUUCGUCAGCUGGUAAAAGACACACUUCAACCUGAUCCAGCAUGUCGUCCGUCUGUCAGCGAGAUCUUGACCAGACCUUUUAUUAUUAAUCAUCUUCGGGAAAAGAUUUUGCAAACUAUUAAGACUCUUUAUAAGAUACUAGAGGACCUAAGAGCACUAGCGAAUGAUUUGGAAAGAGUCCAUUUCAACACAACCGUAGGCAGUCUCACAGGAGGUGUAGUGGGAUUGGCUGGAGGAAUCACAUCUGUGGUGGGACUUAUUCUUUCGCCAUUCACUUUUGGAGCGUCUCUGAUAGUAACAGGCGUGGGAAUCGGCACGGCAGUAGCUGGAGGAGUAACUGCUGGUACCUGCAACAUAACAAACAUGGUUAACCGGCACACAAACCGGCAAAAGAUCAAAAUGCUCAUAAAAGAAUUCCAAGAAAAGAUUAACUCCACAGUUUGCUGCAUCCAAAACAUCCAAAUAGCUGUGGAAACUUUAGAAAGGCAGUUUUCCACAAGCGAUGAUGCAUUUUUCAAUGCACAGCCAGGGGAAAAUAUUGGAGCUCAACUUGAACGAGGACUGGGAGGAAUUCCAGAGAUCUUCCAUCUAAUUGAAAUUGCAAAUAUUGGGAAGGUGGCAGCUCAAGCCGCAAGAGCCGUUCAUGUGGCUGAAGCGGCUUCAGGAGUUUUGUCUGCACUUUUAUUAGCUGUUGAUGUCUUCUUUGUGUUUCUCGACUCUAAAGAAAUCUACAACAUCCAUCAAGAUAAAGCUUUAAAAGAGAGUCGAAAAGCAUCAGCAUCCACCAGCAACCAAAGCACUGAGUUGACAGACAAGACAUCAAAUAACAGCGACACAACAAAUCUGUUGGCAGAAGACUUGAAGUCUGAGACCAUGAAAUUUGUAACAAAAAUAAGGAAGACCACAGAGGAGCUUCAGACAAUUCUGGAUACACUACGAGACUUAAUGCAACCAAUCUCUGAGACACCAAACAACAACAACUAAAAUUUGUUAGUUAAGAUCAGUGUGUUCUUUAGUCAUAAAUUGAUUAUAGUUGUAGCAACAGUUAGGUUUAUAUUCUGGGUUUCCAUGAUUAGAUACCAUAUAAAAUAAAAUAAUGCUCAUUCACAGGAGGUACAACAAGCUGAAAUGCUUCUGUUGUGACUUUCUUACCUUUAUUUCCUUGAUAUUUAGGAAAUCAGAAAUCAUAGUACCUUUUUUGUCUUUAUAUGUUUGUGGUUCCUUAAUGUAGUUUUCUUUUACUUGCACUAAAAUAAACGUAUUUUGAUUCAAUUCACUACAUUUUAACAGGCCUAUUAACAUUAUUUUUUUAUCAUGGCAUGCCUAUCUCAAGUCUGGGGCAAUAAAGAAAUCUGUUUAUUUAGCAGUUUAGCUAGUUGCUGUGAACAUUUUCAAGAUAUGACUUUAUCCCUCAGUUUCACAGGCAAAGCAAAAUGCGAGUCCUAGACUAAAGCACAGGAUACACUGCACAAUUUUUGGCUGUCCCAGAUGAAGGAUUGAUAUUGUGAAACAAUCGUCUGGAUUUCUGUGAUCAUGGCUCUUCAUCAGUGAUACUAUGUCGUACAGUGAGAGAGGUUCAAAGACUGCCGUUUUCCUGGUCUUGCGUCCAAAGAUAGCCUACGAUAGUUUUCUGACAGUGUCAGAAAUUCAGCAUGAUCAAUGCAUGUUUUCUGCUACGACCUGCGUACCAGUAUUUGUUUUUCCACUAGCGCAUGCUGGUGACAUUGCUCUAACGUGUGACGCAGCCGCCAAAGCUUCUGACUCAAUAGGUGUCAUCAUCGUACAGUCUACAUCCCAGUCAACACUUUGAUCUCUCAGUGAAGUCACCAUGAGCUUACAAGAUCCUCAAAAUGUUGUCACAAUGUGUGCGUCACAGUAAGCUUAAAUUGUAACCACACAGCGCACUCACGGUUUGCUCAUAUAUUAAGGUCACCAUAUGAGGUCGCUGCACACUCAGUGUGAGCUCAUCUACCUAUAAAGCACAUGGUAUGAAAGUACCAGAUGUUGCUCAGAGUACUAAUAUUCUACCGUUUGCUAAUCGGAAACAUGUCGCAGAGACUUCAAUAUUUAAUUGCAAAUCAUAUACGGACAAUAAAAAAAGUGAAAGAGACAUGAUUGUCUCUGCAUUUAACCCCUCCAUGUCACGGCUAGUCCGUGUCAUGUUUUGUGUAUUGCACUGAUCCGUCUCACCUGGACACUCAUUGACUCAUUAUGCCAAUACACUACACCUGUCUUAUGUUUAAUUGUCUUUGUAUUUAUAUGCCUUGUUUCUGUCACACCGGUUGCCGGAUUAUUGUCAUUACCCUGUCUGUUCCCUGUGUUGGAUGUUCCUGUUUUCCUGUGUUCCUGUAUUCACCAUGUCAGCCCUCGUGUCUUUAAUAUUAAAUGUUAU